UUGUGUAAAACCGACGAAAAUAGGACUUCAGUUCAACCCAAGGCGCGGGUGAACAGACGAAAAGCCCAGCACGAUGCAAGUGCUCGAGGCAAAAUUCAUAUGAAAAGCCGGGCGCUGGUUCUCUGAGGCUCUGUGCAUUAACACCCAUGGACGAAGGCGAAUGCUUAUCGUGCCGAAGCAAGGAGGCAGCAUUCCCCUCUUCAUCGGUCGAACCGCGGCGCCCUAUCACCCAACCCUCCACCUCCUCCUCCAGCAAACACAACGCGAAAGACUGGAGCCAGCACAUAUACGUAAUUCACCAAUCUCUCACCAUCCAUGUGUUGAUCCUUUCACUGCUGUUGGUGCAACUUUUCAGCCUUGUGUGCUUACUCAUUGGUAAGGACGUAAGAUUGUCAAUACGCCCGCUGUGCUGAUUGUUCGCAACACGAGGCAUUCUAUUCGUAAUUCAUACACGUGUG